CCAUCUUGCCUUUUGACACCGGAAGUACGUCACCUUCCUCUUCCGCCGCGGCUCCGGCGCCUGAAACACGAGUGUUCAUCUUUUCUCUCUCUUUACGCGAGGCGCAGUGUAGAAACUGGACCGACUGGCAACACUUAGCCGAGGAAAAUGAAACCCAUCCUGCUGCAGGGCCAUGAGAGAUCCAUCACUCAAAUCAAGUACAACAGAGAAGGAGACCUGCUCUUCUCUGUAGCUAAGGACACGGUAACCAACGUGUGGUACUCUGUCAAUGGCGAGAGGCUCGGCACCUACAAUGGACACACAGGAGCUGUGUGGUGUGUCGACUGUGACUGGGACACUAAAAACGUGUUGACAGGAUCAGCAGACAACAGCUGUCGACUGUGGGACUGUGAGACCGGUAAACAGCUGGCCCUGCUCAACACCAACUCCGCUGUCAGAACGUGCGGGUUCGACUUCAGUGGCAACAUCAUCAUGUUCUCCACAGACAAGCAGAUGGGUUACCAGUGCUACCUGAACUUCUUUGACCUGAGGGAUCCACAGCAGAUUGAGGACAACCAGCCCUACCUGUCGAUACCUUGCAGUGACCACAAGAUUACCAGUGCUGUGUGGGGACCUCUGGGAGAGUUUGUUAUUGCCGGCCAUGAAAACGGAGAGUUCAACCAGUUCAGUGCCAAGUCUGGAGAUAUCCUGAAGAAAGCCAAGGAGCACACCAAGCAGAUCAAUGACAUCCAGACUUCAGUGGAUCUCACAAUGUUCAUCAGUGCCUCCAAGGACAACUCGGCCAAGCUGUUUGACUGCGCUUCUAUGGAUCACAUCAAGACUUUCAAGACAGAGAGACCCGUGAACUCCGCUGCCAUCUCCCCCAUUAUGGACCAUGUGGUGAUGGGAGGUGGACAGGAAGCCAUGGAGGUCACCACUACCUCCACCAGGAUUGGAAAGUUUGAGGCCAGGUUCUUCCACGCUGCCUACGAAGAGGAGUUUGGCAGGGUCAAAGGUCAUUUUGGCCCAAUUAACUGUGUGGCAUUCCACCCCGAUGGCAAGAGUUACAGCAGUGGAGGAGAGGACGGAUACACAAGGAUUCAUUACUUUGACCCACAGUACUUUGACUUUGAACUGGAGGCAUAAACAGUCAGGCUCUUCAACCCCACAGCUUCAACUAACAUUGCGCUCAGUCAAGUCUGGAAGAAGGAAUAACGGACUAAAGUGCAUUUACAGCCUUCUUCCCUUCAUCUCAACUGAUCUGAAGUCGGUGUACAGGUCAAAGUUAGAGAGGUUGAGAAUAAAUUUGAUCUGUAUACUCAGAUUACUUUAAAUAAAGGGAAAGAGGUCAGAAGAGGCGACUGCAAGAGUGUGGUGUUUUUUUUAAGUCAUUUUUCUAACAUCACUCGCAAACUGUUGGUGGGAUCAGAAGCAAUUUUUGUACCCUGGAUCUGCAAAGCUAUCACGACUGGACUUUAAAACCCACACUCCCUGAUUCCUGAAUUUAUUUAAUCUGAUUCUACAAUAAGUAGGAUUUGAGUUAUUUCUAAUUUCUGUUGUAAGCCAUUCCACAAGUCAUCAUAAAACUACUUAAUUCAA